UUAGGCGAAAGAAUUGAAAAUGUCCUGAGUCAACUCAUUAGCUACCUUAGCCGGAAAUUUUCCUCUAAAAAUGCAAUACCACAUCAUUAUUGUAGUAAUUAUUUGGUCCACAGUAUUGGCUGACUCGAGAAAAAUAAGAGGCAUUUCUCUGGCAUACAGGCGAUUUUAUAAAGAGAAAAGGUCAUUCCUGUGCAUCGAUGGAUCAAAAAUAAUCCCCUUUGAGCAGGUGAAUGACGACUACUGUGAUUGCCUGGAUGCCUCAGACGAACCAGGCACCUCAGCCUGUACCAACGGUCGGUUCUACUGCAUCAACCUGGGCUUCAGACCCCACUACAUCCAGUCCUCGCGCGUUAACGACGGGAUCUGCGACUGCUGUGACGGCUCUGACGAGUAUAACAGCCGCUUUCGAUGCCGCAACACAUGCAGGGAUCUGGGUCAGAGGGAGCUGGUGGAGGUGGAGGAUCGCAUGAGGGCCGUGAGCGAAGGCCUCCUCCUGAAGCAGCAGCUCAUCAAGGAGGGAGCUAACAUCUGGCAGGAGAAACAGAGCCAGCUUCGAGAUCUGCAGAGAGUCGGCGAGCAGCUUCGUGCCAAGAUGGAGGCCCACAGGAAGAGGGAGCGCAAAGCAGAGGGCAUGCUGGGAUUGCUGAUGCCACAGGGUGACGACAACCGGAAAAAGAAAGGACCUGAGUCUCUCACUGACUUUUUCCAAGAACUGGACUGCAAUAAAGACGGCAGCAUCACGGUGGAGGAGGUCCAGGCCAACGUGGUGAGCCGUGGAGAGGAGGGGCGUGGCUUAACCGAGCGGGAAGCGCUGGACCUGCUGGGGGGCCACCGCCAGGCCGACCUCUCCCUCUUCCGGGAGACGCUGUGGAGGAGCCUGAAGAGUGACAGUGGGGUGAAGAUGAAAGAGGAUCUGAGUGCAGUCGGGGGGGUGGACCAGGCCCCGAACAUCAAGGCCGCUGGCGAUGGCUCCGCUGACGUGAAGAAAAUGGAGGAGGCGUACGACACGCUGCAGAUGGAGAUCAGGGAUCUGGAGGAGACGUUAUCCACAGACUACGGCGCCGAUAAAGAAUUCAUGUACCUGCUGAGUCUCUGUGUGGAGCUGGCGGUGUAUGAGUACACAUACGUGCUGUGUCCUUUCAAUCAAGUCACGCAGAAGAGCUCCGCGGGAACCGUCUUACUGGGAAAGUGGGGUUCUUGGACGGGUCACUCAGAGAAGCGCUACAGUCAGAUGCUCUUUGAUGGCGGGGAGCUGUGUUGGCUGGGACCUACCCGCUCAACUGUGGUCACGCUGGCGUGCGGGACACGGACGGCUCUGCGGGCGGUGAAAGAGCCCAGGAAGUGCCGCUACGUCAUGGAGCUGGAGAGCCCCGCCUCCUGUGACCCGCUGCAGGGGAGCAGGAAGGUCCACAAUGAACUUUGACCCUUGGCUGGCUCCCGCCACAAUCGCAGGGCCCCCACAUCCGCCAGAACCUGCCAACGGUCCCGGACGAGCCCCCUUUCAUUAUUCCUGUUCUGUGUCAGACCCCCUGUUUAUCUAAUCCUUAUUCUGUUCUCCAACCGUCUUCUUAUUCUGUUCUCCAACCGUCUCCUUAUUCUGUUCUCCAACCGUCUCCUUAUUCUGUUCUCCAACCGUCUCCUUAUUCUGUUCUCCAACCGUCUCCUUAUUCUGUUCUACAACCAUUUCCUUAUUCUGUUCUCCAACCGUCUUCUUAUUCUGUUCUCCAACCGUCUCCUUAUUCUGUUCUCCAACCGUCUCCUUAUUCUGUUCUCCAACCGUCUUCUUAUUCUGUUCUCCAACCGUCUCCUUAUUCUGUUCUCCAACCGUCUCCUUAUUCUGUUCUACAACCGUCUCCUUAUUCUGUUCUCCAACUGUCUCCUUAUUCUGUUCUACAACGUCUCCUUAUUCUGUUCUCCAACCGUCUCCUUAUUCUGUUCUACAACCGUCUCCUUAUUCUGUUCUACAACUGUCUUCUUAUUCUGUUCUACAACUGUCUUCUUUACAUUCUUUUUUUGGUUUGCAGUUUUUGUUCCUUUUCUUUUGGAGACAGGGCUAUCUUGGAGUUCAUCUGAAAGGUGCCUUACUGCGGUGUUACCUCAAAAGGGAGACAUGAAGGGUUAAUAUCCAUCUUUUUCUUUCUAAUUUGGCUUUUAUUAUGAAGAAUUUCUUAGACUCAUAUGAACCACGGUCUUCCUUUCCCGAGAAAAGAAUUGCUGGAUAGAUUUUUAAUUCAGCCGUUGCACCGGGGAACAUCUGCUGAAUAAAAUAUAACGGAAUUUGAUAGGGCGAGAGCGCUUUUAUUUGACAUGCAGUGUUUUUGUGUCAGUUGAAGGUGUACUGCGUUAACCUCUCUCCUGAAAGACAGCACCCAUGUGCUUUUCAAACUGCCGUUUGCAAUCUGCUUUCUGCUGUCAUACACCAAGAGAAAGGCAUCUUAAAUGCUGUUUUAAGAACAAUGCACGACUCUCAUCUAUGUAUUAUUCUCACUUUACUUCCAAGGUAGGCCCUGAUCAGGCACAGACUCAAACAGCAGAUAGAGGAUUUUACUGUUCGUUCACUAUUUUAGCAGGACGAGGAGAAUUUAAUGGACAUUUCUGUUGAGGCAGGUGUUUAAAAAAUGAUGAAUAGCCAAAUUGCUUUACCUCGGGAGCAAGAGUGUGUGCACCAAAGUGUUGAAACGUUUCGCUUCAUGUGAAAAGAGAAUGUCUCUGAUUAUCUAUUUUUAUAAGCUGGAGAUCAUCAUCCCAGGAGUUUUUUUUUUUUUUUUGUACAAAACAUGGAGGGUAUAGACCAAUUCAACUAGCUUCUAUCUUGCUUCCAGUAUUCCAAUGUGUUUUAAAGUUUCUGCUCGUGGAUUACAGUAGAAGCAGCACUUGAGACGGUUAUGGAAAGAUCUUAUUUUAGGAAGGGCUGGGCUUUGCCACUUCUUUCCAAGUUUGAGUAUCCGUGUUUCCACGUUUGUGUGUUUAAAACGGCUUUCAACUAAAAUGUCUGUUGACUACUAAUUGCGUUUUAUCCAGUCCACACCACUGAGAGAAUGUGCACAUUUUUAUGUUUUAAGAUAAAAGGCUCAUGAAUAAAGUUUAAUUUUUCCAACCA